AUGAUGAGUUCUGGUCCGCUCAGAACAGGCCCGUCUUCCAGACUAGGCCAGGGAUCCCAUCCUACAGCCCCGGGUAACAACCAGUCACUGCUCCUCGAUAAGCUGCACGCGAGGACAUCUACACCAGAUUCAGAAGCUCUCGCUAGUUCAGACGACGAAGGCGAGCACCGAUACGAGUCCGCAACAGCAGCAUCACAUUCUGCGUCGCAACCUCCUAGACCUGUCCGACGACCUUCGUGGUUGAACGAGACUUCUCAAACCCUGGGCCGUCCUCGUAGGGGAUCUAUCGCUAGUAACUCGAUGUCUCCAACUACUUCUCAUCCCAGCACGCCCUCUGGGGAGGCUGGUGGAGCGUGGGGAUCUCACUCAGCUUCAUCUGUAAUGGGCCGGGGAUCUGGCGCACCUGGCUUUUCAUGGGGUACGGCCAUCUGGAACAAUGAACGCAAAGAUCCUCCAUCGAGGCUUAGCGAGGUUUUGCCUUCUCCCACAUCGACCAUGCCACCGGGCGGUGGUAACUCUUUCUUUGGCUCAGACAUGCAGACGUCUCCGGUCUCGCGCGAUCCUGCGCCUAAUUCGCAAAUCCCUUUCGCUAUUCCGCUUCAUCCGACUCCAAAGACAUACCGGUCUCAAUCAUACUCUGUUGGACAGCUAGAUCCUGAGUCAACAGCCACUCCGCCUUCGAUGAGCUCUUCCGCCAUCAUGGGCCGCGCUCGCUAUCCCGCGCUCCAGCAUCGACCUUCUCGACCCAGCAUGCUAAGCGAAAUGGCCAACGACGGCUCCAUGCUUGGAAAGGUCAAGGAAGUUGAGGAUGACGACGAUGAAAGCCCAAGCGAAUCGAUGCAAAGUUCAUUCCAUCAAUCGGAUGCGAAAACAAUUGAAAUGCUGGCUCGUGAAAAUGCUAUGCUGCGCCAACAACAACAACAGCAGCAUCAACAACAGCAACAGCAACAGCAAACGCAGUAUAACAAUGCCCGAAUUCGACCCCGCGCAGUCACCGGCUCCUCCUAUCCUGCAAACGGUUACCCAAUACGAGACACAGUUCCUGAAGAAUCUGAUUAUGCUAUUGAUGAGCUUGAUGAAGCCAACGAAUCUGGCGAUAUGCUGGCCAAACGGGCGCUGAGCAGGCGCAUGAGCGAGUACGGAGCUGGGUCAUUACGCUCUCCGUUUGAGAACAAUCGCAAGCCCGAAAACGCCAACCUCAAGAAAGCGCUUUGGUCAAGCUCCCUUGGAUUUAAUCCUUCUGAUAUUUCUCAAAGUCGGCGACACUCCUUUGCAAACAUGCCUACUCGCCAAGGUUCUAUCAGCUCCAUUCCUGACGCGGCCGCACUGGAGCCUUCUGCACUCGAUAUGCAGCAGUCUCAGGAGUACCCCCCCGGGUACCCCGACCCUGCCGCCUUUAGUGCUUCUUCUCAUGCGAGCCAAUACUUUGGCGUUGGCGGAGGUGCCAACAUCGGAAAUGCCUAUCAGACUGGAUAUGCCAAUCAAUACGGAUCUCCUUACGGAUUGCCCACUGCGUAUGGGAACCGCGCACCAUCUCCCCAUCGUAAUGUUUACAGCAUUGCUCAGCCUCGCCACAACCAGCUUCUUCACAUUGUGUUGUUCAAGUGCGCUCGAGCGGACGUGUUCUACAUUCAAGAGGGCACUGGUCUCAAUGUCAAGCCAGGCGAUCUGGUGAUAGUCGAGGCUGAUCGCGGCACUGACCUUGGAACCGUUGCUAAGGAUAACGUUGAAUGGCAGGCUGCUAAAGAACUCAAGGAGCACUAUGCUGAAGAGCAGUAUAAGUGGCUGAUGAUGUACUCACAAAAUGCUGCCGUCGCGCAGGAGGGUUCAAGCGCAGGUCUUCUUGCCUCCUCUACCGGUCUUCAAGGAAGCGCGGUUGGGGGCAUGGGACCUCCGAGCCAGCACCAUGUGCAGGAACCCAACGCUGGCGAACUUCGACCCAAGCUCAUCAAGCGUCUUGCCCAGAACCAUGAGAUCCAAGCCCUGCGGGACAAGGAAGGUCAAGAGGCGAAGGCGAAGCGUGUUUGUAUGCAAAAGGUCAAGGAGCAUGCUCUCAAUAUGGAGAUUCUCGACGCCGAGUUUCAGAUGGAUUGGAAGAAGUUGACCUUCUAUUACUUUGCCGACUCGUACAUCAACUUCAACUCUCUCGUCACCGACUUGUUCAAGAUCUACAAGACUCGAAUCUGGAUGUCUGCUAUCAACCCAGCCUCAUUCGCUAGCCCAACUCUUGGCAUUCAGGCUCCUAGUGGCAUCGGUCCUGGAGCAGUGAACGCAAACCGUGGUGCGGGCGAUAAUGACAGACGCCAGAACCAGCAGGUCCAAGAGCCUCACCAAACUUCUGCUUUUCCAGGCGGAGCAAGAGAUGGCCGCGGAUUCCGCCCUCCUCCAACUUUCAACCAACCGUUUGGCAAUGAGGGCCGCCUCGCGCAGCCUUCUGGAUACCCUCCUUCUAACUACCCUUACGGGCAGUUCGCCAACCCUUAUAGCAAUCCUCGCAGCGAGGUUGGCUACGGUGCUGGUUCUGGUGCUAUGCCGGGUGUUAUGCCGGGCGCUAUGGAGGGCUAUCCCGUUGGAGUUCCCCAGCUUGGAGAAUACACUUCGAUGCGCCAGCGGUUCCCCAACCCACAGUCAGGUCCCAGCCCGGCACCUCAUUCUCAAGCCACUUCACCACUGGCUCCCCAGAAUGACUGGGUUGGAUCUUUCCAGGGCUUGUCCCUCAACACUCAUUAA